AGGGAAAUUUAAACGUUAAUGGCGUUGGACGUAAACAGAGGAUGAGUUCAUGAAAAGAGGACGAUAAUAUGAAAAGAAACUACCAUUCUGCUUCUUCAGAUGUAAAGUUUGAUUGACAGGUUUGAUGCCAACAUGAGGAGGAAGAAGUCUCGUGUUGCUGCUCUGCCCAUUCACAACGACACGUGUGUUCUGUGCAGGUUUAGUGACGAUGAUCCGGCCAUAUUUGGGGAGAAGUUCCAACUCAAGGAGCACAACCUGUCGGUCCAUUACUUCUGCCUGCUGACGUCCUGUGGAGUUUACCAGCAAGGAGAGGAAGACGAGGGCAUCUUCGGCUUCCUGGACAAAGACAUCUUGAAGGAGAGCCGAAGGUCGUCUCGACUGGUCUGCUGUGGCUGUAAGAGGAAGGGCGCGUGUGUCGGCUGCAACGUGACGAGCUGCAGGAAGAUGGUGCACUUCCCCUGCGGCAGAAAGAUGAAGUUCAUCUCCCAGUUCACAGGAAUGUUUCCGUCCUACUGCAGGGAUCACAGCCCCACCCAGUCCGUCAGCACCGGGGCCGACAUCAGCCUGCCUCAGUCCUGCUCCGUCUGCUUGGACCCCAUCAACCCGGUCCUGUCCUACUCCAUCCUGAAGUGUCCGUCCUGCCACGGCAGCUGGUUCCACAGGGACUGUGURCAGCGUCAGGCCCAAAGCGCCGGGCUCUUCUUCUUCAGAUGCACUCUGUGCAACAACAAAGACGACUUCCAGGAGGAGAUGCUGAGGAUGGGCAUCUACAUCCCAGAGAGAGAUGCAUCAUGGGAGUUGGAGGCUAACGCCUACUCAGAGCUCCUGGAGGUGUACAUGCGCUGCGACUCCCUCACCUGCCUCUGCGACAACGGACGCACACACUCUGACAAGAUCGGCUGGUUCGAAGUGAUCCGGUGCCGCCUGUGUGGGUCCACGGGGACUCACAGGAAGUGUUCAGGACUUAAGCGGGACACCACAGACUGGGCCUGCACUGACUGCACCAACGCUACUGAUGGGAAAGCCUCCCUGGUUACAACACCUCAGGAAGGUCAGAGGAGAAGCCGGCUGUCCAAACGUCACCUGUCUUCACUCCAGUCUCCCCUCAGCUGUAAAAGAACCUGUUUACCGGUCGGACCUGGGUCACCUGAGGAUCUCCUUCAGGCUUUAGUCCCUCAGCUUCAUCACACCAACGUCCAGCUGGAGGUGGAUGGAGACCAAGCUCUGUCCGCUGGACUACACCUGGUCCGGAGGACUGACUUUGACCCCACAUGCUCCCUGUCUGUCAGGUUCAGAGACGAGCAGGGAUCUUCAUUGUCCUGCAGCCGUGAAGACUCAGCAGAGAAGUCCUUCCUGAAMCUCCUCGUCCAGCAGAUCCAGGACUCUGUGGUCUUUGAGGGUCCCAGUGGAUCCAAGAACCUGUCUCUGGACUCUCGGGCUCUACGUGACGAUCUGUACUUCGACGUGGGCUGCCUGCUGGCUCUGUCCCUGGUUCACGGGGGUCCACGUGUUGGUUUCUUCUCUCCCGCUCUCUACCAGUGUCUGUUCAACUACCCGGCCAACUGCCCCCUCACUGUCAGGGACCUGACCCCUGAUGCCCCCCUAACCCACCUAGUCAGGCGGAUCGGCACGGCCAGGACUGCAGAGGAGCUGAGAGAAGCUGCUGCAACCAGCGGGGAGUUCCUGGAGCUGGCGGGCUGCAACCGACCAAUCACAAGCCUGGAGGACCGAGAGGCACUGCUGGAGGACCUGGUCAGCUUCAGCUUGAUCACACGGAUGCAGCUCCCCCUGCAGAGGUUUCGGGAGGGUCUGCAGACGUUGGGCGUCUUCGAUCAGGUCCAGCUCUUCCCGUCGGUCUUCUUCAGCGUUUUCUGCCAGACCACCACCUCCGUCACGGCUCAGACGCUYGGCUCGCUCUUCACCGUCAACUUCUCUGAGCAGCAGGACAAAGUGGAGCGAGAGACGCCCGUCGUCACCUUCUGGAGACACUUCCUGCUGGAGUGUGAAGUUGGGAGGAGCUCCGUCUCCCUGCAGGACAUCGUUCGCUUCUCCACCGGAGCCGAGGAGCUUCCAGCCGUGGGCCUCCACCCUCCUCCCUCCGUCUCCUUCCUCCACAGCCCCGCCCCCCGCAGAGCCGCAGCAGAGGAGGAGUGGAACGACGGGGGUCUGUUUCCUCAGGUCAAGCCCGACUCCAACACCCUGCUCCUGCCCGUCAUGUCCACCUACAGGGCCUUCAAAAGCUCCAUGGAGCAGGCCAUCAGCCACCACGUUCACCUCCACUCCCCAGAGUAACRGAGGGGCAUUAACUUUAUCUUCUUUCUCUAAAGACAAUUUUCCUUUUUUUUAAAGCUUUUAUUAAAAGGACUGCCCUCAAAGCUGCCAUUGGCACUUAUUAGUUUGCUAUGGUGAUUUUUGUUUUAAAGUUUUUYAUCAACCUAGUUGUACUUCCCCGGUUCCAGAAUAUUUGGGAUGAUGCUUAAAGUGUAAAUAAAAAAAUGCAAUGAUUUUCUAAUUUCAUAAACCCGUAUCUUAUUCACAAUAGAAUGAAAUAUGGGUAAUAACUGUUUACUGUGUUUUAUUGUGAAUAAAAUACAGUAUGGGUUUGAAAUUUUCAAUGCAUUGUUUUUAUUUACGUUAACUUGUCACAAACUUUACUGGGACUAGAGUUGUAUAAAACAAAGACACACACUUAUAUAUGAUAUGUUUUAUACGUGUUUUUUAAUGUGUUAUCAGUUAUCUGAAGUGUUUGUAUAUUCAUUAAUUGUUGGAUGGUUUUUAUGUUUAGUUUAAAUCCGUUACCAUCCUGACUGUCUAAUGGAGACAUAAUCCUGUUUAUUUCAUUAGUAGAAGUUUUCCACCAUGCAGUUAAACAAACUGUUUUGUAAAAUAAAAUUUGAAACUUAUUG